UUGAAUUAAUUAUUACGAACACUUCCUGCUGAUGACUACAUCUUAGGGUUAGAUAACAGCAGCCAUUUUAUAGAUUGUCCUAUCUGCUAAAUGGAGGACAAUGUUCUACCAAUAUGGCAAGUUAAGGCUGUGUUCCUACUAUGGGACAUCAGAGAAAAUGAAACAAUCCGAGUCAAAGUUUUUAAUUUACCGGCUGUUGAGAACAAAAAGAAAAAAGUCAAGAAAAAAGUUUUUCCCUUGAGAUCAGAUUUCCGUGUUGACACAAUAAAACCCGACAUAGAAUCUUCAACAUUGAUCUGGCCACAACGCUUAGGGAUUGAGACUCUCAAAGCAAGCCGAGAAAAAACGCUUGAUUAUUUUGAUUAUUCUGAGUUGGCAUGGCAUAGUAGCAGACGACUAGGACAGCAGACCUGCACAGAUACUCAAGUAGUACACAAUGCAGUCCUUCCUUACCAGCAUAAAACUUUAGUUUUGAACAUUUUAACUUUGCUAGUUAUUAUCAGCAAUAGAUUUCAACUAUUUGGAAACUCAAAACAAAAAGAGCUGACAGCGUUCCAUCCAUCGCUUUACAAUUGUAUACUUCAUGAUACCUUUACAAUGCCUAUUCUGAUAGCUCACAAGUUUAUACAUUUUCAAAUCGUCAAUAUCACUUUGAAAAGAUGUGAAUACAAUAUGUUAAAUAAUAUUUUAGAAUACGCAAUACAAUAUUUUAGACCGUUUAACACUUUAUUAGAUAUUGCUCGCAAUAUUUAUGUAAAAGAAACUAUAAAUAAUGAAAAUGAAAGGGGUAUCGCUACAAUACAAUUUGGAGACUCCAAAAGGAGUCAAAAAGAGUUAAAAUCAAUCGAUUGGAAACAAACAAGUGAUGAUAAAAUAUUAACUCUACCAAACAUGGUGACGCGUGUCAAAGGAAUCUCACGCGGGGGUCCCCCUCUAUUACCUUCACCUCACCAGUAUAGAACUCGCCCAAUUCUAGCGAAUCCUUGGCAACAAACGCCUUUUAGAAUGACUGCUAGAAAUAGACCGAACUUCAAUCUUGCGGACACUCACUCGCUUCAAAUACUCGAUACACAUGUCACACACAAUAUACAAGUUACACCUCACACACUUAUACACAAAGCAAGCGAUGUCCAGCUAAGCCUUAAGUGUCGCCCCUCAAAACCAGAGAUAGGCGCUACUGAUCAUACGGCAGUUCCAACAGAGGCGCUGUACGUGUCUCCUACAGCGAUGACGAGCACACAAUUUAAACGUAAACGCAGUUCAGAGGCGACUAAAGCAGAAGUUUUGAAAGACAGAGAAAAGUCAGACAGUAAAAAUAUCCCCUGUCGCACAGACUUUUCAGUGCAGCAACUUCAUUUAAAGAAUAGAAAUCAUCCUAAACAACGUCCUUUAAAGACUUGUAGCAAUCAUCCCAAACAACGUCCUUUAAAGACCAGUAAAGCUAAUCCUGGUUAUCAGAAAGAGAGUAGUGACCAAAUGCAAGCUUUUAGACAAAGAGAAAGACACAAAUCUACAUCUAAUUCUCAGCUCUCUGAAAUAAAUCUGCCUAACAAGAGUGGAACAGAAGGCAUGAUUUGUUAUAAUUACGUUACAAUCAAUAAUUUCGUAAGUAACAGCAAUAAUAACAACAAUAAUCAGAAUGACUUUAAAGACGUUAGCGGCAAUUUGGUCAUUGAUGGACAUGUCAACGAUAGCAGACGUCACGUGACUCGAGAAGAUAUGAUGGGCAUAGACGAUUGUUCACUCUAAAGUCCAAACAACAAGGUACCAACAGCCAUAGCAGACACGCUAGUACCAACAGCCAUAGCAGACACGCUAGUACCAACAGUCAAAGCAGACACGCUAAUGUGAUGAGUGUCUAUAUGUUUUUAAGUGUCUUAUGCAAUGCAAGUGAACAUCAAUAGUACAUACAUUGACCUCAGUAAGACUAAAUUACAUAACAUUUUAAACAGUUCAGACAUUUAUUUUCAAUGACAUCUCAAAGCAAGAAACAUUUGAUCAAAAAUCACCUUUGCAUUGCAAGCUGUAUAUGUCAAAGAAAAACAACAGCCAGGUCUCAGAAAAGUUUCAGGAAAACUAUUUGAUACGCAAACCAAAUCACUUUCACAUAUAACCAGACCAUAUGCUAAAGUUUUCCUCCCUGGCGUAUGUAUUGUGAUUUACGGGCUACUAAUUCAUAAUUUAAAUCAACAAACACACUCAGUGCAAGAUCUCUAGCACACAAUAAAAUAACAAUAAACACUUUAUUUACAGUCCAAACACCUUCAGGUAACAAGUCCCCACAAUUUAUUUAGCCCAUUGAAAAUUGUUAGUUUUCUGUGUAAUGUAUUGUCAUUGAUAUUCAUUUUAUUAUAUAAUUACUUAUAUUUUUAAAAAUAACAUAUUCUCAUCAUUUAGACAUUAUCAAUUAUAUCAUAAAAUGUUUUUUUAAACAUAAAUUUUAUCAUGUCAUAGCGCACAGUGGUUGUACAACUUACAGCCUUGGGCGCCAUGUUGUCUCGCCAUGUCAUUGUGUUGAUGAUUUUAAUAUGCGAAGCUGCUGUUAAUAUGGCACUUGCUUUAUAAUUUUCAAGGUUUAUUUUUAUUUAGUAACUGGAUUGCAAAUUGAAGAUGAUCUGAAUGUACCUAGUUAACAUCAGAGAUUCAUACGCUUUCUCCAUUAUCAAUUAUGUCCUAACAUAUAUUUUAUUAUGUUUUUGCGCUCAGUGGUUAUACAACUUGUAGCCACAGACGCCAUUUUGCCUCGCCAUGUCAUUGUGUCAUUGAUUUUUAUAUGGCACUUGCUUAUCAUUAUACAGGUUUCUUAGUUCUUUAGUAACUGAAUUGCAAUUUGAAGAUGAUCUGAAUGUACAUAGCUAACAUCAGAGAUUCAUACGCUUUUCUCCAGCAUGUUUCCGCGUACGAAAUUAUCACAGUACUUAAAAUGUUCUUCAUUGUUAUAAAUAUGAUUACAGUUAUUUGGUCGUACUCUUGAUGACUUGUAUUUGAGAAAACGGCAUAGAAAACGGUUAGGAUUUUAAAAAAAUGAAUAUACUGUAUAUGAUGAACUUUGAUAUACGGUAUCAUUCUCAGAAAUGAUAAUCAUUUGGUAUGAUUGUAAAAACAAUGGUACUAGGUGUUGUAAGAUACACAAUCAUUCAAGGUACAUUCGUCUAUUUGAAAGUUUUGCUACCAAUGCUGUCAGCUUGGCGUACACUAGAACCAACUAGAAAGGUUUAAAAUUUCUGAAUUGCUGCAUAAGGGCUUGAUGUUAAGAUAUAUGUCAUAUGUACUGUCAACUUCACAUGCUAGGUUUGACAGAAACUCAGUGUACUGAGUGCCAUGGACACGUCAGAUACCCUCUACCUGGUUUAGCCGGCCAGUCAAAGCCGUUUCCGGGGUGUGGCCGCUGCGCAUGCUACAGCUUCUGGGAGCCACAGGUGAGAGUUGGGUACCGAGUGGGGACUAAGAGUGAGCCAAGCUACCCUCAAAGAGAGGGUACGACUGCCUGUCCACUAGAGGUGCUACCCCUCCUAGAUACCCCAUACACCAAGUCUGGACUUGGCGGCCUGUGCGUAACGUCACAAAACUAGACUAAUCGGACAGAAUGGCAAGUACCAGCACAGUGCUGUGGAGUACUCAAGAGCAGGACAAGACACACAGAAAGUCUCUGGUCAUCCACUGCACCCAAACUUGUCCCCGGACGUCUUGACCAAAUCUUGCUUCCGGAAAAGGACGGGCUUUAGGGAGAGAGAGUGAGGUCGACGUGUUGCGCGAAUCCUCCUCACUUUAAUCCAAAUUCCCCCCCAACACAACCAAACCAAAGUCCUGUGGAGACAGGCAAGCAGUGAAGCGGUAGGUGUGGGCACACUGGAAGCCGUAGCUGCAACCCUGCACACAGGCGGCUCAGGCCAUAUGGUCGUUCAUCACUGACACAGAGCAGCAGUGGAGUCCGGCAGCCCCCUGAGUGGCUGAGCAGCCCUAUUUAGGAGUGCACUGCUCACCUCCAUAGCUUGAGGACAGGGCUAGAAAAGGUGCCCCAAAAAUUGCCUGCUCAAAACUACCCUAGCCAGCCUACCGCAGAUGGCGGGAACCCUACUCAAGCGGUCGAAAUUCAAAGAAAAAGACGAGGAUAGUUCCUCUUACCAUAGGCGCAUGGAAUGUGCGCACACUACUUGACAACGACACAUCUGAUAGAUACUGUCAAGCUCUUCUAUAUUCACUGCGAGCCCACUGGCGGAUCCAGCGGGGGGGGGGGGCGGUAGGUGCGAUCGCCCCUCCCCCCACUCGGCCGAUCCCCCGGGGGGGGGUAAUUUUAUUAUAGAAUUCACACAAUUUGUAUACGAAUUUAUUACUUAUGUUAAAAAUAAAUACUAAUUAUUUAUAUUUCAACCUAUUUUUAGAUUAUUUCGUCCCCCCCCUCUAGUCUGUUGGCCGAUUGGUGGGGUCGAGAGGGGGCGGUGGUAUCAAUCCCGCCCCCCGCCCAUACACUUUCGAGUGGGGGGGGGCGGUCCAAUUUUUUUGUAGAAAUCACAGCUUGCUAAUAGAAUCUAUUUAAUAUCUAUAUCAUAAAGACUUGUUAUUGAUUUUUAAACAGAUCUUUAUAUUAUGUCGUUCCCUGUUUGCCGAUUGGUGGGGGGCAAAUACUUCUACUGCCCUUCCUACCUAAACCCUUUGAGUGGGGGGGGGGGGGCGGUCCGUUUUUAUGGAGAAUCAUAGUUUGUGAACAAAAUUAGUUGAAUUAAUAUAUACAUUUUAUAUUAUGUCGCUCCCUUUCUGGUAUUUUGGCCGAUUCGGUGGGGUGAGGGGGGGGGGGCGAUUGCAUGUACUGCCCUCCCCACUCUAGCCCUCUGAGUGCUGGGGGAGGGCGUUCCUAUUUUUUCUGGAGAAUCAUAGUUUGUGAACAAAAUUAGUUGAAUAUCUAUAUAAUAUAAACUACGUAUUGAUAACCCAUUGUAUAUUAUGUCGUACCACAAUCUAAUCUCAAAUAGUAAAUGUAAGUGAAAAAGGGUUGUACCAGGUGGGAGGGGCGAUACAUGCAAUCGCAUUUCCCCCAUCAUAAUUCAUAUACACUAUAAAUUAAAUUCUUAUAUUGAGUCGCCCAACCCCUAUUUUUUUAAUGCCAAAAGCAAUCUUUAGCAGAAAUUAUUAAAGGAGCGAGGAUUAAUCGUUUUCACUCUACCGCCAUUCCCAUUUCCAGACAGAGUUUAUUUAAUCUCAGAUGAAUUUAUCAUAAUUUUUAAGUAAGACUUUGCAUUGGAAAAGUUAGAAUUCAAACGAAAUUUUUCAGUAUAGAGCCAUGAUUGAGAUGAGUUAUAUAUAUUUAUUUAUUUAUUGAAUAAUUUUUUUUUUCGGCGGCGAUCCCCAAAGCCAAAAUCUAAAUAUGUGGGGUAUCUUAUCUUUUCAAGGAACAAAUCGGUUUUAUUUGCAAUGUAUUAAUGGCCUAUAAAUUCAUAUUAAAAUAAUUUUCAAGUACAACAUUAUUCAAAAGGUGCUUUUUUAAUAGUAUGAAUAAUGAGCUUCGAACUCAAUUGAUGAAUAAUGAGCUGUAGAUGUCAGGAGAAUACGUUUCUGCAGUGAAAAACUCUUAUGGCGUCUGUGCUUCGCCCCGAACUCCAUUGAUAUAUAAUGAGCUGUAGAAGUCAGGAGAAGGCCCUUCUGCAAUGAAGAAUGCAAGAAAACGCUUUUGGCGUCGGGGCUUCGCCCCGAACUCCAUUGAUGAAUAAAGAGCUGUACUUGUCAGGAGAAUGCGUUUCUGCAGUGAAGAAUGCAAGAAAACGCUUUUGGAGUCGGGGCUUCUCCCCGAACUCCAUUGAUGAAUAAAGAGCUGUACUUGUCAGGAGAAUGCGCUUCUGCAGUGAAGAAUGCAAGCAAACGCUUUUGGCGUCGGGGCUUUGCCCCGAACCCCACAACAUGACUUUAAAGCGCUGCCCCAGUUGUUUUGUUUUUCGCUGAAGGUUGAGAAAUGCUGCUUUUUUUAAAUUGUCAUAUAUAUAUAUAUAUAUAUAUAUAUAUAUAUAUAUAUAUAUAUAUAUAUAUAUAUAUAUAUAUAUAUAUAUAUAUAUGUGUGUGUGUGUGUGUGUGUGUACUGUACGCACGUUUAUGCAUAGGGUUAGGGUUUACUGGGCGUUAGGGUUAGGGUUUGGAAAAAAAUCGCCCCCCCCCCACUCCAAAGGAUCCGCUAGUGCUCAGCUGGGUCAGUGACCUUAUAUCUUUCCUGUGUCCAUCCAUUGUGUAAAAAAAAAUUCAUGUUGUAAAAAAAAAUAAACAAUAAAAGUUAAAAUAUUUAAAAUAAAUUAAAUGCUUUGAAAAAAAGUUUUGGCUAAUGAGACAUUGUAAAUUCAACUAAGGGUCAUGUGUGAAGUUUGUAUCAAUGUUUUUACUCGUUUUCAAUAAUAUCCAUUAAAAAAUACAAGAGUCAA